AUGGGACCAUAUUCACCACAAAUGCCUUAUCCAAACAAUCCACAAUAUUGCGUGUAUCCACCACAAUACCAAUUUCAAAACCAAGCACCUUCUACUGGUAGCAGCAGUUCAAAAGUCUCAGAUACACAAUGUGGGGCUAUGCCUGAUGAGCCUGAAUUUUCUACUCAACGGGGUCUAGAUGAUAUUGAGCUUGAAGAAACCGGAAAGAAACGCAACAAAUGGAGUGGUAAAGAUAAUAUACUUCUUCUUCAAUCAUGGCUCAACGUUUCUACCGAUCCGGUCGUGGGAAAUGAUCAAAAGUCAACAUUGUUUUGGGAUAGGAUCCAAGCCCAAUAUGAGGAGUACCGCGACCCUGCCUAUCCUUCGAGGUCAGCAAACUCCUUGAAGUCUCAUUUUUCUAAAUUGAAUGCUGAUAUUCAAAUAUUUGUCGGUUGCCACAACAAGGCUACUAGUCAUUGGAAAAGUGGACACUCAGAUAAGGACAUCAUGGCUACAACGCAUUCCAUAUAUCACGUAGAUACGGGUAAAGAUUUCAAACAUGAGAAUGCUUGGCGGUUGGUGAAAGAUUAA